CUUGAAACAGAGGUAGAGAGAAUUCAGAAGAAGAAGAAAAUAAAGAAGAUAUGGAAGAAGCUAUUGUUUCCUGUGUGGUUGAGAGACUUGGAGACUUGCUAAUCAGUGAAGCCAAAUUCUUGUGGGGAGUCAAAGGGCAAAUCGAGAAUGCACAGAGCAAGCUGCAAUGUAUGAGCGCUUUCUUACAAGACGCAGAUGCUUUUGUAAGAAAUGGUGAUCAGAGAGUACGUCUUUUGGUUGUCAAAGUCAGAGAUACUUCUUAUGACUUGGAGGAUGUUAUUGAAACUUACAUCUUCAAAGUGGCUCUGAAGAAGAAAGGAGGUGUGGUGAGUAAACUGAAAAGAUAUGUUUGCAUCUUCAAGGAAGGAGUUGAUGUCCAUAGAGUUGGAUCAAAGAUAAAGGAGAUCUCAUCCAACAUUGAUGCUUGGACUUCAGAAUUACAAAAGUAUGGAGUACACGAGUCAAUGGUUAAGGCAGCUGGAACAUCUUCAAACCAAGUUCUUGAGCAAAGACGACAGGCUUAUUCUCAUGUUGUGGAGAAUGAUGUUGUUGGAUUUGAGAAAGACAUCAAAGAAUUGGUAGCCCAUUUGACUGGGAAAGAGAAUCCUCAAAAUCCUAGGGUGAUCUCUGUAUGUGGGAUGGGUGGCUUGGGGAAGACUACCCUAGCCAGAAAGGUUUAUCAUCAUCCUCAAGUCAGGAGUCACUUUGAUUGUUUUGCUUGGGUCUCGAUAUCUCAGCAGUGUAAUAGACGCAAUGCUUGGGAAGAAAUCUUAUUUGCUUUCACUUCUCCCACCAAGGAAAAAAGAGAAGAAAUCAAAAUCCUCAGUGAUGGUGAAUUAGCAGAAGAGCUCUACAACUUUCAAAAAGAGAAGAAAUGUUUGGUGCUCCUCGACGAUAUAUGGUCCACUGACACAUGGGAUCUUCUAAAAGAUGCAUUCCCUCGAGGUGACAUUGAUAGCAAGAUUUUACUCACUACUCGAAUAAUGAAUAUAGGUCCUUAUGCGGAUCAACAUUGCUACAUCCAUCAACCUACGUGUCUCGAUGAGAAUCAAAGCUGGGAGUUGUUUCAGAACAAAUCUUCAUAUUUUGGAAAGGAUCAAACAAACAUAAAAGAUGCGGAAAGAAUGGAAGCACUAGGGCGAGAGAUGCUUAAAGAUUGUUUUGGUUUGCCAUUAGCUAUCAUUGUGCUCGGUGGGCUUCUAUCUACGAAACACUCAGUUGAUGAGUGGGAGGAGAUGAAAAGAAAUGUGGUGAGAUACAUAAGUAAAGGCAAAGAGCAUUGUGACUCGGAAUGCCAUGGUGUUUCAUGGGUGUUAGGUUUGAGUUACGAUGAGUUGCCAUUUUACUUAAAGCCUUGUUUUCUAUACUUGGCUCGUUAUCCUGAAGACGCCAUCAUACAAGUAAAAUAAUUAUGUCUUAUGCUUAUGGCAGAAGGUUUUAUAUCGCCAAGAAGACAUUCAACGGAAACUAUUGAAGAUGUAGCAUAUGAUUACUUAAGUCAGUUGGUGGAGAGGAGCAUGGUUCAAGUAGAAAAUUGGGGUUUAAGAGGAAAAAUGAAAACAUUUCACAUUCAUGAUCUUAUGCGAGACUUGUGUGUGACUAAAGCUCAAGAUGAGAAUUUUCUACAUCAUAUUGAUUUGAGGAAUCAGGUGGAAGAGCCACUAAAACCUGUAACUACCAUAGCAAGGAGAGUUUCCAUUUAUUCGCAUGGUUAUUCUGGUGAUGAUUUUUUUAGUUUUGUUGAUAGCAAAAAUGGCUCUCUUAGGUGCCUUACUGUAGAUUGGGGAGAUACCACACAACAAGUAUUGAGACGUGGGUUUAAUAGGUUUUUCAUACUUAGAAUUUUAAAUCUAAGUUUCUCGCUCAAUAUUAGUUUGAAGUUGCCUAAAGAAAUUGGAAAUCUUAUUCACCUAAGGUUGUUGAGUAUUAGUGACGGUAAUUACUCUUUGGAAAAGAUCCCAUCUUCUAUUGGUAAUUUGAGAUACCUGCAGACUUUAAAGUUAAGACUGGGGGGUUGUGAAAGAGUACCGGAUGUAAUCUGGAAGUUAGAACAACUUAGACAUUUACACUUCUUCGUUGAGGAUGGUCCAGUGGCGUGCACGUUGAGGUUACCUAACAUUAGAAAUUUACAAACAUUGAAAGGUGUUUCAACUGAGUGCUUUGAUUGGAAUGAUUUUCUACAUUUGAGGAAUCUCAAGAAAUUACAGAUUUUUCUGGGUAAAAAUUUGGGGAAUAUUUACCAUGAUCCCCCAACCGUCACAUUUGAUUGUCUUCGACAUUUACAAGUAUCUAAUAAAGGGGAUACUAUAGAUGUUGUUCCUGUGAUAUUAAGCUACCCUCAAAUUUAUAAGCUUAAAGUGUGUGGGGGAAUAGUAAAAUUACCAGAAUACAACCAAUUCUCCCCAAACCUUAUCAAGUUACGGUUGAAAUUUACUGUUCUUAAGGACGAUCCAAUGCCAACCCUAGAAAAGCUAUCGAGUUUAAGAGUCCUUUCCUUAUGUGGUAGCUUUAAGGGGAAUGAGAUGGUGUGCUCAAAAGGAGGUUUCCCUCAACUAGAAUCUCUUUUCAUGGAUCUUCUACACUGCUUAGAAGAGUGGAAGGUGGAGGAAGGGGCCUUGUCUAGUCUUCGCUUUUUGCUGAUUAGAGGAUGCUUUAGCUUGAGGAGUGUUCUGGAUGGAUUAAGAUACAUUGCUACGCUUAAGGAAAUGAAGAUUAUAAUGAUGCCUAGUAAAUUCAUAGAAAGGCUGGAGGAAGGAGGAGAGGAUUUCUACAAAGUCCACCACGUCCCAUCCCGUUUAUUUAUCUAUUGAUAUGAGCUGGAGCGAGAAGACGAUGAGUUGUUUAUUUGGAAUAGUUUUGGAGAGCCAUUAGUUAACAGGGGAAUGGGUAUGUGUAACGACCCGAUUGUUCUUAACUAGACCCACCGAACACGACUAUGACUAUCCGGGGUCAACUAGACCCUUACGGUCAACUUUGGUAAAAAUCGAACGUUAGAAACUAAAUAAACUUUAGAAAAUUUUACAUUGGAGUACUUUGAAAUAAAAUAGUAUUUGCAUGGGAUCCCAUAGUUUUAAAAAAAAAUGUAGUUUAAACGUAACUUAAGAAAUAGUCUGUAGCCACAUGGCUUUCUUUAGAUAAACUAGUAAACAUGAAAUUGAUGAAACUGUUACUGGA